CACCAGCCCCCAGAACCCGCCUCCCACCUCACAAACGCUGUGGAGCAGCACCAGGCCCCACGUUCCCAUCCCCACAGCAGCAUCAUGUUCAUCCACAUCACCCACGGUGACAACGAGAGUUUCCUGGCCAACACCGACUGCCCCGUGCUGCUGCUGCUAUCUCACCUGCGCAGCAAAGUGGGGGUCCCCCCCAACGAAGUCAUCGACCUGUGUGACAAUCUGGGCAGCCCCAAGAUGCUCUUCCAGGUGAAGACCGUGCAGGACAGGGCCAGCGACUUCCUCGAGGCACACGGCACCUACUAUGUCUGUAGGGUUGAGUUUGGUGCCCCCGGCACCGCGCAGGAGCAGACAGCACAGUCCUUUGUGCCCCUCCUGAAGAACCCCAGCGUGGCACUGACCGAGGCGCUGCGGCUGUAUGGGCAGAACCCUCAUGGGAAGCCGCUUCGCUCCCUGAAGACGCUGGAGAGCAGGAAGGGACCAAGCUCCGAGGUGCUGCCCACUGCUGCCCGCACUCAGGGAGUGGUUAAGGCAGCAGGUAGAGGCGCAUCCCGGCCCCGUGAGGAGCAGUACGCCUCCCCCCGUAAGAGCACACUGGCCCUGGGGGGUCGGCAGCAGCCGCGGCAGCGCUGAGGCCCAAUAAAGCAGCACUCCGCACUCCA